UGGAGGUGGGUGGUCGAGUAGCCUCCUGCUAGAAGCUGUGGAAGCAGCUCCUAGGAGCCCAAACAAACGAACCCCAAAAGCCCCCGUUUGUUCCCCCGCUCCGGCUGCAAAAUCCUAGGGUUCCCGCUGCCUAUGAGCUCGUCGAUUCCUGAUGCCGAUGAGCUGGACGGCGCCCGGAGCCUGGCACUCAUCGCCUUCACGAAGCUCUCCAUGUACGAGUCCACCACCACCUCGUCCUCCUCAUCGGUCUCCGCUCUUAGCGCCGAUCUCCCUCCCCUCCUUCACUGCUGCUUCCAGUUGCUGCCCUGCCUCGACCACGACCUAGCCACCAGAUGCGUCAGCCGCCUCUGCUCCUUCCUCCAUAGCAUCCUCUCCGGCGACCCUGACCCCGCCUUUGUUCCCGCCCUUGAGGUGUUCUUUCAGAUUUUCAUGAAUACCGACCAACUGAGGCGUUUCAUCAUGGUUGAACAGAAAGGAUCAGAGGUCUCCCCGCCAUGGCGGUAUGAGCUUGGUGUCAGGCUGGAGCUCAUGUCCCACUAUUUCAUUUCAUUUGUGCACGAUGAGGUGGGAUUUGAGCAGUUUUUUAGUGCACUCUCUUGGUCGGAGAAGGGGAUUCGACACACUCCGGAAUUUGGCUUGGCUGGAGCUAUUUCCCUAGUCCGCAGGAGCUAUUGGUUCUCUAUGCCGGUUAUUCCCCAAGCUCAUUUUGUAUUGCUCGCAUCCAGAUGUGUUGGCAGUGGGGAUCUCGACAUGCAUUUGCAAGUGUUUCGGCAUGCCAUGGAAGCUUAUUUGAUAUACUUGCCUGAAUUGAGUGUUUUUGACAGAUGUAGCACAGUGAAAAGCCCGUUCAGUUGUUUUGCCAACAGGAGACUUCUUAACUCUCCUAUCCCAGAUGCAACUAGUCAGAAGCUAAACUGUCAGAUCAAUAGGUUUCUUUUGUUCUGCAAGGCACACUCUGAUGAUAGCCCACAUGUCAAGGAGAAGGAUAUCUUUGAUGUUUGUGUCAGCUUCAUUGAAGAGAACCAGCAUGUAUUUCCUGAACAAUCGAGGAAGGAUGCUGUUACUGUUGUGAAGAUAAUAGUGUAUAAUAUCAUGGAUUGUGCUAAGCAAAAGGAGAUGCAUAGAUUUGAUUCUAAAGUUUCAGAGGAGAUUAUCUACAUUGCUGCUGUACUUAAACUAAUCGGUUCCUCUUUUCUGGAAAUUCUUCACUGCAGUCGACAAAUGAGGGUUCCAGAUGACAAGAACCAUGAAAAUCAUAUUGUAGUUUGCAUAUCUGAAACAAUCCGCUUACUUGGACGGUAUGAAGCUGAUGGACUUCCUAUAGGUGACUUAUUUGGUUUGAUUGUGAAGCCUGUUGAUAGGGAAAGGGCCUCAGUGGUGAUGCUUUUUCACUUUGCUAGCCUAUUAGUCUUCUGUUUGAGAAUGGGGUUUGGUUUUCUGUGGAGAGGUUGCAUUAUCAUGAUGAUGUUGGCCAUGAAUCUUGUGAUUGAUGAAGAAAGAAGUCUGGGUCUAUUUCGUUUUCUUAUUGGUUCAAAAGAUUUUGCAAUUUCUUCUAUCGGCCAAAACGGCAAUUUGAAGGGUUCUACCCAGAGAAAAUCUUCUACAGCAAUAGCUUUACAGUUCAAUAACUUACAUAAACGUCUUUCUCGAGACAAGGUCGGGCAUGAUUUUAGUGAGGACAGCAGCCAUUUGGCACCCUUCACAGGCGUAAAUCUGCAGAUGGACGAGCCUUUUUUGAGACCAUUCCGGGACACAAGCAGAACUCUUCAAAGUGGGAUGAUUUGCUGGAUUUUGUUGAAUGCGAACAAGAUAUGGAUUAUUCCAGUUGGUGGGUGCAGCACAAUAAAUUCAAGCAGUAUGUGGAUGGCAAAUGGAAAAGAAGCAAGCGACCCAGUUGGGAAGUCUCAAAGAGAAGACACCACAGUGCGAUGAAAACUAAACGAACGAAGACUUCACGGAGAUGAUUGUACGACGUUACGGAAGUGAACAUGUCCAUCUCGGAGCCUUCUGUAUUGUUGUUCGAGCUCCUUUUUGGGAAAGACCUAGGGACUGACUAUAUGACGGUGGACCUUUUGAUGUAUGACGGUGGACUACUGAUCAGUCGAUAUCUUGGCUUAAGUAUCUAUGCCGUACUACUUUCCUGAUGUUUAACAUGUAAGUAUGUAUUUGUCACUCGGUUGUACGUGAUGCAUCAGUGCCAUACGAGUUGGAUACUGUUCACUCUAUACCUAAGUUUUAUACGUUGCAUUUUUUUUAAGCUGUGAA